UUAAUUUUCUGGUCCCUAUUUCAGCAGGGCGUCGGAUGCUGGAGAAGGUCUGGUUUGCGUGUUUCUCCAUGCGCUUUAAACCCGGAUCAUUUCGGUGUUAUUUUGUAUUGAAAUGAGGAGAAAGAGGAGAGGCAGUAGAAACAGCAGCGACAGGAGGAGUGAUGAGUCAAUACAACUAAUAUAAUUUAAUGGGGACAGAGAGAGAGGGAGAGGAAGAAUGAGAAGCUCCGUCCGGGUACAAAAUACAUCGUAAUACAGAGAUUUGUCAUUUAUCGUAAUGCAGGGAUUUGUCAUUUAUCGUAAUACAGGGAUUUGUCAUUUAUCUCAAACACUAUUGCACCGCUUUUUUUCGAUUGGAAACUAAAACGCACUUUACCUGUUUGCGUAUUGUUAAACGUGCAUCGUAGAAGAACAAGAAGAUAGAUCUUUUUUCGGCUUUAUAUUUCUGGACAGAGAAGGAGAAACUAACGUACUCUUUGAAACCCUUCAUUUAAUAUCGAUCCGAUAAUUAGGUAUCUUAUUUACUUAAUGUCGAUCAUUCCCUAUUCAGUACGCACUGGAUCUCUUCUUGCUGGAUAGUGACAACUCCAGAGCGCACCUCUAUGCACUUGUAACGUAAUUUUACUUUUGCAGUCAGUUGUUAUUUUUUUAAAUUAUUGUUAUUAUUUUACUUGUUUUAAUGUGCUGCAAAAUAGCGUCUCUGUCAAUUACGGUUUUGCAUAUCCCCCUCUGGAAUGUCAGUUUUUGCAUUUCAACUGAGUUCCUAUAGGUAGCCUAUUUUGCCUUUCUUCUUUGGACAGUUGCCUUUCUUGCCCUUAGAGAGAGUGAAUAUUACCCGUAUAAAGAAGCCGUGAUGUACGCUGCUGUACAGACCUAGAAAGCAUCGAACGUUCAAGUUUUCCGUUCCUUCAAAUAACCCAAGGAAAGGAGGCGCUCUGUUUGCAGUGUUUAUGCUUUCAAGUUUCGAAGUGGUGAUUUUAGAAGCUGGUGCUGAGGAUGGAUCAGCUCAGCGAUUCCGGCCAUGGAAAGGAUAACUGUGAAAUGCUCAACAACAUUGGUGACCCCAAGGGGCCUCCGGCCAAGAUAGCACGCCUGGAGCAGAAUGGAAGCCCUCUAGGAAGAGGGAGAUUGGGCAGCACUGGUGCCAAGCUCCCUGGAGUGUGUCUCAAGCCUGCCGGACACCUUUUAAAAACAUGGCAUAAGAAAGGAAACAUGCUUCCAGUGUUUUGCGUGGUUGAGCAUUACGAAAGCCCCAUUGAAUUUGAUAGCAAAGAAGAACAUGCAGAGUUUGUGCUUGUGAGAAAGGACAUGCUCUUCAACCAGCUAAUUGAAAUGGCUUUGCUUUCUCUCGGAUAUUCCCACAGUUCUGCAGCACAGGCAAAAGGCUUAAUCCAGGUUGGCAAAUGGAAUCCAGUCCCACUCUCCUAUGUGACAGAUGCACCGGACGCCACGGUGGCAGACAUGCUGCAGGAUGUGUAUCAUGUGGUCACAUUGAAAAUUCAGUUACACAGUUGCCCUAAACUGGAAGACUUGCCUCCUGAACAGUGGACACAUUCCACAGUAAGAAAUGCCCUCAAGGAGUUACUGAAAGACAUGAACCAGAGCUCAUUGGCUAAAGAAUGUCCCCUGUCACAGAGUAUGAUUUCUUCCAUUGUGAACAGCACUUACUAUGCAAAUGUCUCAGCAGCAAAAUGUCAGGAAUUCGGGAGAUGGUAUAAACAUUUCAAGAAGACAAAAGAUAUGAUGGUAACAUGCCAGCCCUCCCAGUUGGAGGGAUACCUGGAGACAUGCAUUCUCCAAGACAGCCCGAGAGCCACUGCAAUAGCUGAAAUGGAAAGCCUUUCUGAUCUUUCUCCGCCCAGCGCUAACCAUGUGAAUUUCAGCCAGCAGCCAAUCCCAGGGAGCACAGCUGAGCAGCCUCCUUCCCCAGCCCAGCUUUCUCAUGGCGGGCAGCCCCCGGUGCGGGCCCAGCUACCCAGCCUGCACCCCGGACUUGUAUCCACGCCGAUCAGCCCACAGCUGGUCAACCAGCAGCUCGUCAUGGCCCAGCUUCUAAACCAGCAGUAUGCAGUGAACAGACUCUUGGCGCAGCAGUCCCUCAGCCAGCAGUACCUAAACCACCCUCCCGUGAUCCGCUCCCUGAACAAACCACUCGAACAGCAGGUCUCCUCCAACAGCGAGGUGUCUUCCGAAGUCUACCAGUGGGUUCGUGACGAGCUCAAGCGGGCAGGGAUCUCCCAGGCUGUGUUUGCACGUGUGGCUUUUAAUAGAACUCAGGGCUUGCUCUCAGAAAUCCUCCGAAAGGAAGAGGACCCCAAGACUGCCUCUCAGUCUCUGCUGGUCAACCUGAGGGCAAUGCAGAACUUCCUGCAGCUGCCAGAGGCAGAACGGGACCGCAUCUACCAGGAUGAGAGGGAGAGGAGCCUGACUGCCGCCUCAGCCAUGGGACCUGCUCCUCUUGUAAGCGCUUCUCCCAAUCGCCCCUUACAGCCAAGAAGAGAGGAGUGCAGUAGUACGAGGCCUGAGGAUUGGAAUUCUAGGAUCCAGGUGAUACCAUCUCCGAUCUCCACAGAAAGGAAUGGCAAAACGGACAGCUGUGUCUUGAAUAUUAAUUCUUCCAUUUACGACGAGAUACAACAAGAAAUGAAGAGGGCUAAAGUGUCCCAAGCCUUGUUUGCUAAGGUUGCUGCUUCUAAGAGCCAGAAAAAAACUGACCCCAGACGAUACGACCGGUGGUUCUUAGGUUUCCAAAAUCUUCAGCAGCAAAACGGUUGGCUGUGUGAGCUCCUGCGCUGGAAGGAGGACCCGUCUCCUGAGAACAGAACUCUCUGGGAAAACCUCUCCAUGAUCCGCCGGUUCCUGAGUCUUCCCCAGGCCGAGCGAGAUGCCAUUUACGAGCAGGAGAGUAAUGGGAGCCAACACCAUGUCGACAGGCCACCCCUCAUGAUGCAUGUUCCUACAGACCCAAUUCAGCAGUCACAACAGCAGCAUUCACAUCCACAGCAGCAACACCAGCAGCAGCAGCAGCAGCAGCACCACCACCACCACCAACACCAACAGGCAGGUCCCAGACUGCCCCCAAGGCAGCCUUCCACAGCAUCACCAGCAGAGUCCGAAGAUGACAGCCGGCAAAAAUCGAGGCCCCGAACCAAGAUCUCCAUGGAAGCCCUAGGAAUCCUGCAGAGCUUUAUCCAAGACGUAGGCCUGUAUCCAGACGAAGAAGCCAUCCAGACACUGUCCGCACAACUGGACCUGCCCAAGCACACCAUCAUCAAGUUCUUUCAAAACCAGCGCUUCUAUCUGAAUCACCACGGGAAGCUCAAGGACAAUUCGGUGUUCGAGGUGGACGUGGCAGAAUAUAAAGAAGAUGAGCUGCUCAAAGACUUGAAGGAAAGCACUCAAACUAAAAGUACAAUCUUUUCCAUUAAAAUAGAGGAGCAGUUGUCUAGAGACAUGAAUUCACAGUCUGAUGCUGAAUCUAAAGACUAAUUAAUAAUAAUAAUAAUCCUUUCAUUUUUUAAUUUUUACAGUGCCACUGAAAAUACUAUUUAAAUAGACUUGAUGUUUUUGUUUUGGGUUUUUCUUUUCUGUGUUUUUGGUAAACCCGUAUUAGUCACUGUAAAGACUGAUGCAUCUCUAUAAAAACUUGCACAACAUUGAUAAAACAUGCACCCCAUGGAUUUUGCAGACUGCACUUAAUGUCCUUUGUUUAUACACUGAUAUGCAGCUACUGAUGAAGCUAUUGGAAUUGAUAGACAAUGUUUAAUUGCUGUUCACUGGAUUUUACUGCAGAUUAAUUUAUAGGAACCAUAUUAAUGACAAGGCCUUAGGUACUAAUUCUGAAGCCUGCUGGCAAGCAUUAAGCUUCUCUUAUAGACUCUGGAAACUGACACAGCAAACUAAAAUAGAAGAGUGUGCCAUACACUAGCAUAUUUGUUAGAGUUUUAUAUAUAUAAUAUAUAUAAACUGUAGAAGAAUACCGUUUGAAAGAAACUAUGCCAACAAAUGCCUUGUAUUAUAUGGCACUGCCGAUAUUCAGUUAUUUUGCAAAAACGUUGUCACUGACUUUCUGAAUCUCACCUUUACACAGUUUUUAAAAUGUGAAACACAACUUUUUUUUGUAUGUGUCUCGUCUUAACAUUAUUUAUUUGCAGAACCUGCAGCAUCCUGAUGUAAUUAAUUUCUUGGAAGUUUCUGUUAAGUAAUAUUGCCAUUUUAUUUUUUAACUGUACCAAUUUUAUAUAUUUUUUUUCUAUUUAUAAAUGUAUUUUGAUGGGCAGUAAAACAAAGUGUCUUAAAUGGAAAAUAAUGUGCUUUAAAGGUUGCCUAUAAAAGUGCUAUAUGUUAAGAAACUCGCGCUAAAAGCUUCACAAUUAAUGUUGUAUGCAAUUUUUACUCAUGCAAAUAAUCUUAGGUAAAUGACUAACUGAUAGAACACCUUAGAAAAACAUAUGCAAUUUAUGUGAAAAUUGAUGUUUGCAAUGUGUCUUCCUUUUGAUUUCCAAUCAAAUUUGAAGCUAUUCCUGUAUAAAUAUUCUGUAUAAAAAGUGUAUUUCUUUUUUAUGAGUUUCUUGCAACCAGAACACCAGUUAUUUUGUUAACUGGCUGUUUUAUAAAUGUAUCUCAGUUUCUUUAUGCAGAAAUGUUCUAAUUAGGAGUGGUUAUUGAUUGUUAAAUGACACAAUUAAACUCUGUUUGUAUGGUACAAUAA